AGCGGUCUCAACAAGAGCUUUAUUUGACUCAACUUUCAGUUUCAAUUAUUCUUAAACAAAGCCAGCUAGCAAGAGCCGAGACAAGCGAUGCCUGCAAUGAGAAGAAUUGAUGCGGAUCGUCACCAGUUUCUGCAAUUGCAGAGUUAGACCUUAAUCGAUCAAGCAUUCUGGAUCAGUCUGCAAGGAUCUUUUCACCACUAACAACAAAAAAUGGCAGGAGUAGAAACGUGUCCCUACUGCAAAAAGCCAUUCAAACGUCUCAAGUCCCAUCUGCCUCACUGUAAGGUGGCAACAGGGACAGGCUCCAGUGGAGCAUUGUCCCCCAUCAAGGUCUGUGGUUCUGCCACAUCUAAAUUGCUGAAUGCUGAGAAAACGAAAGGGCAGAUCAAAAGAACAGAAACUGCUUCUAAACAAGAAAAUAAGAAGAGCAAACUGGCAAUGAGCAAAGUAAGAGGAAAAACAAAUUCCUCAGAGGCACUGGAAGCAACUGGAACUGCAACAAGCAGCAAUCUGCAUAUAUGUGAUGAUAUACAAGAGCAAAUUAAAUAUGGCACUGAAAACACAUACAAAACAGAACACAACACUGGACAAAGAACCUUAGAAGAGGUUCGAGCACAGCCUGCUGAGAAGACGUUUUCAGGAAUAAAAUUUGCAAAGAAGUCACCCACAGUGCAGAAAAGCAGAAGUAAAACCACUUCUGAUGAAGAGAGAUUUGAAUCUGGCCUUGCUUUAGAACCACUGAUUCUAAGUGGAAAAUCAUCUUCAGAAUCUCCUAGUCAGAAAAUGAAACCUUCUGCCAAAAAAAGGCAAAGCAAAGAGGCAUUGGCUAAGCAGAAUGUGUCCGCUUUGCUGGAUUCUUCCGUUGAUGAUCUUCAACCUAUUCCUCAGGGAGUUACUGACAAAAUAGAAAUACUGAUUGAGAACCACCGUGCAAGAGUGUUGAGGCAGAAGUGUGAGUCCCCUAUUCCAGACAUCCCAUUAAAUGAAGCUACCAUUGACAACCACCAUUCCGAAUGUUUGCCUCCGAAAUCCUCAUUGGGAUGUGCAGAGAUUACUGUGGCUAGUAGGUCGCAAAUUACUACAGUUAAGGAUAGCGUGGACAGAAAGAGCAUGUUAGGUCUUGAGCUUGCAGGGAAUACUUGGUGUGGAGAGAUCAGAAAUGGCAUGACUGUGAUUAAAGCACACACAUCAGAUGACCAUCUUGUGGAUAGCAGGAGGAGGGUCUCCAGUGCUCCUGUUGAGCUGGCUGCAGGAGUAAGCAGCAAGACAGAUGAUCAUCCUUUAUUCUUCAAAGGAGAGGAGUAUCCUAAAGAAUCCCCUGUUUACACCAGUCCCAAGACAAAUAGCUGGGCCUCAUUUACAGGAGCAAUCAGAGAAAGUCGAGAUGAUGAAACAUUUAACAGCUGCUUAACUAGUCUGAAAAAAGAAACUGCUUUAUGUUCUGGGACUGCCAUAAAAAUAGGAGAUCAAAACUCUGGGGUGUCUUUGAGACAACCCUUACCUCACAUGUUAGAAAUGACUAUUGCCCACUGGUUUACAGCUUCUGGUACAGGCAAACAGCCAAGUGCUUUGGGGCUGGAAUGGUUUCCAGAACUGUAUCCUAAUUAUUGUUGUCUGGGCUUAUUUUCAAGGAGGCAGUCUCAAUGGGAUACAAGAAUCCCACAAGCCCAAGUUCUCAUUCUCCCCAGUGAUGGCUAUCAAGUUCCCCUGGCAGGAAGGUGUUUGAUGGAUGUAAAACUCCAAGAUUUGCCUGCUUGGCUAGCCACGCGUAACUUGUCUCCACAGGGGAUGCUCGGAUCAACACACAGAGCAGCCUGGAAUGGAUACUACAACAGGUACAUCAAUGUGAAAAAGGGUGGCGUGGCUGGAAUCUCUAUGCUGCUGCUGAGCUACUGUGUCCUCAGCUACGCCUGGAACUAUGAACACAUUAAACACAGUCGCUGGCGGAAAUACCACUGGUGAUGAUACAAGUGCAUGUGUGCAAAUUGAGCAUGGAUCUUGCCACAGGUCUGUUCCAACAGGAAGAAGACAUGUUGAAGACUAUUGCAAGAGCCACAAAUACAUAAAUUCUUCAUUGUUACUGGGAGCCACAUAUGUAUAAGUACUUUUAUUUAAGCCACUGUAUGCACCCCUUGAAUGAAAGUUGCCAGUCAUGGUACAGAUAGACUAUGUGUUGAGACUUGUGGCUUGCUGACAAAAGCCAACAGAUGUAGUACCAAUUUGGUGCUAGAUGAAUUUUAAUAGCUGUUGACUGCUAUUAAAAACAAAUAUGCAAACAAA